CCGGAUCUGUCCGCCGAAGCGCCUCGGAUCUCGCUCCGUGUCUCCUGCACCGCACCCCCGAUUUGCCGUCGCGAUACGUAGCUCACAAAUUCCCGUCACCCAUUUCCGAGCACGCAAGCCGCCGAACAGUCAUCGGCCAGUCCGCUCUUGUCCUCCGCGGCAUCAAUGGUCAGCAGCGCGGCAUGACCUCGCCGCCUCAGCUCCCCCUCGAUGCCUUUCCGGCGUGGGCGCUGCUGAACGAUGUGACAUUCUCGGGUGUCAAGCUGCAGCAGACGAAGGACAAGGGGUUCGGCCUUGUGGUGGACGGGGAUCUGGGGCCCUCUGAGGGCGGCAAUGCGUCCCCCCUGAUGAGGAUACCCCAAGACCUGGUCCUCUCUGCCGAGGCUGUCGACGAGUAUUCCAAAGUGGACCAGAGCUUCAAGCAGCUCCUCGAGACAGCUGGACAUCAGUCCACACGCAAGGACGUCAUGCUGUAUCUGCUCUGCCACCUGGUCCACUCCAGGCGAGGCACCGCCGUGUCCAAGGGCAUCCCCUCCACGCCGUGGACCGAGUACAUUCGUUUCUUGCCCCGCCCCAUUCCAGUUCCUACCAUGUGGUCUGAGCCGGAGCGCAUGUUGCUGAAUGGCACUUCAUUGGAGACGGCCCUACGAGCCAAGUUCGCGGCAUUGAGCCACGAGUUUGACGAGCUGCGGGAAAAGACCGAGACGCUACCAUUUUGGAACUCUUUCCUCUGGGAGACAGGCAAGACAUCUCUGGAUGACUGGGUCCUGGCAGAUGCAUGGUAUCGCUCCCGGUGCCUCGAGCUGCCACAAAUCGGAGAGGCCAUGGUACCUGGCCUGGACAUGGUGAACCACUCUGCCAGCCCGACAACAUAUUACGAAUCGGACGGCACCAGCGGUGUGGUGCUGUUGAUGCGCCCGGGUAGCACAGUAUCGGCAGGGCAGGAAGUGACAAUAUCAUACGGUGACGCCAAGCCAGCCGCCGAGAUGCUCUUCAGCUACGGCUUUAUCGACCAAGGCAGUAUGGUGCGCGAGAUGACGUUGCAUCUCGAGCCAUUCCCGGAUGACCCGCUGGCCAAGGCAAAGCUACACGUCUUCAAGGGCCCGCCGAUCGUGAAGCUGUCGCUGUCUCCCGACGGCCAGACCCUGACUUGGGACAGUCAAUUCGUAUUUCUCAUGUGCCUCAACGAGGAGGACGGCCUCGGCUUCCGCGUCCUGCAGGACACGACAGGAGGCCGACAGCUCAGAAUGUUGUGGCAGGAAGAUGACGUGACAGAUCAAGCCGGAGAUUUCCAGACACUGAUACAGGGACAUGAGCUUUGCGAGGUGUACAAGCUUCGCGCAGUGGCGGUGCUGUCCGAGAAGAUUGAGGAACAGCUGGCCAGCGUCAAAGCAGGGCCGCCAGACGACCAGCUUCGACCGCUGGUCGCUGCUGGCCUGCUGAGGGAGGAGUGCAUUGAGGCUGCCAGGGCGCUGAAGAAGCUUGAGAUGGAGCUGCUCGAGGCGGCAGUGACGGCGCUCGAAGAACAGGUGCGUACAAGAUGCGUCGGUGUCCCUGUGAAGGGUGUGCUUCGUGCGCAUGGGUCGGCCCAAUCUCUCCCGCAAGCGCUUCCUCCCCCAUGUCGUCCUGAAAAAAAUGCACUGCACUGCAGCCUGUGCAUGGCGUGAACUGACGGGCCCUGGCAGAAAUCGAGUCUGCUCGCGCAUGACCACGUGGUGGCAUAUCUCGGGUUGAUGGAAGAUGCCCAAAUCGAGCAAGGGCCGAGGCUAUCCUCGUCCAAUGAGGAGGACGACUUCAGCUGAGAUGGAGGGGAUCCCGCCCACCUCGUGGCCAAUUCGCCAACUUAGAACAACUGCCGCCGUGGUCGGUGGCGCGGGAUCGCCUGCGUGUGCAAACAAGGUUGGAAUGCGAUGCUGCGACCUGGUCCUGCAUUGGCCUGGUGGCCUAAGUGCGCAGAAGGUGCUUGCUUGUGCUGCUGGGACAGCACACGGACCCCAGCGGCGAGCAGCAAGCAAGCAGCAGAAGCAGUAUGUGCGUGCGGUAUGAGUGCAUGAGCGCAUGAGCGGACCGUUCCCCUAUGGGGUCUGGGUCUAGGGAACUUGGACAGUAGGUACGUACGUAGCCCCGACUACGGGCGCUCCUCCAAGGCAAAUGGUUCGAUCUCGCGGCGCUCGUCGACAAACACUGGCGCAACUUGACGACGUAGUCAGGCAUCGGUCACUCUAGCGCCCUUCGGCCGGACGGACGGAAGCAGUGCCAGCAGUGACGCUAAUUCGCCAACAGCCUCGGGCCCGCUCGGGAACAACGACAAGCCUCUGACCAAAAAGGCACAAGUGUCUCUCCAUUCCCUUGCCACUGUCGCAAGCCUCUUUCUUCAGGAGCCUUGUGCUGGCCGUGACACUGAACUGAGGAGUGCCGUCGGUGGUGCUCUUCUGCACUGCGCUUUGCUAUUACUGCCUGGCAGCUUGCUGACAGAAGUUGUUCACUCAUCUGCCGCAAGGAGCAAUGUGCUCAUGUCCUCCGUGGCCGACGUCUUUGGCAUCGGAUUGCAUUCGUUGAACCAUACUGUCGCUGGUGGCAUCUGACUGUCUUUCGCCGUGCGCGUGCCAUGAGACGUUGGGAUGGAGGCAUGUUGGCAGGAUGAUCUGAGGAUCUUCGAAGUUUAACCUACGCAAAAUGGCCUCGAAAGCAAAUGUAGUAGGGUCAGUAGCGUGGGUUGUGCUGCAACUGUGGCAAUAAUCAGCCACCGAUGUGGCAUGCCUUCUGCAUGGAUAGUGGCUGUCCCGAGUGCGCUGGGAACGAACUCUGUCGCCCUGGCCUUCCCUAUUAUCGUCAUCGAAUUGAACGGGACAGCGUAACAGCGAGAUGUCUCGGGACCCAAAUUCCGGUUUCAUCAUGUCGAGCCGCCAUGCUUUUCAGCUCGCGAGAUCGUUUCAGUGUCGCUUCGCGAAAAUCAUCUCGGAUAUGACCCUGCGGUAGGGAGGCCGAGCGUCGAAUCGACGAACGGGACGAAACUGUCCCCUGGAGGAAAAGAAAGCCCAAAAUCUGGGGUACCUAGCCGGGAUCUGGCCGAGGCCAGGGCAACGGACGAGAUCGCGGGGGAGGUUCCAUAGAUGCAGCGAGUGCCGCCCAACUGUGGACACGAGGUACGACCGCGCAACCUUUUGCGAUCAGACUCGCAGCGCAAUCAACCAAGGUCAAAGACACCUAAGAGGCUGCAGAUGGUGAGGACAACGGGACAAUCCAGAUAAACGGACUGCCGCAAAGGAGCCACAGAAUACCGUGUAUAGUAUACGGGUAGUAGUGGCUUGGAAACCUGUCCUGGUGAGCCCCGCAGGUCGGCGCCAGUGCCGGAAAUCCGGGGUAAAGGUAUCAGCGAGCUGGCUUGGCGGUCAGACAUUGUGCGCCCGAGACUCAACUAGGUCCUUGGAAGCCCUGGAAGAUGCGAUUUCACCCGUACGCGCAAUUUCUCGGUGUAAUAUUUGCGCUUAUGAGCGUUGAUGGAGCUUGCUGACUGCGUCUCGAUCGUGGAGUCGUGGGUGCCGAUUCGAGCCUCGUCGAGGUCAGCACUCAGCAGGUGCCACCUCGGAUGCACCCUCACGACGGUGUGAAUUCUCCACCGAGCGACAGGCAGCGCUUGUUCCACCAAGGCUGCUGACGACAGACAAUGCGCUCGUCCCAGG